AUGGAGAAAUCUCAAUCAUCAUCCGAUUCACAAGGCAUAAGUCUUAUCGUUGAUGUAGACCAUACUCAAGAUCGCAUCAGUGAUCUCCCAAACGAGAUUUUGUGUAAGAUCAUAGUAAAACUUUCUUUGGACGAAGCUGUGAGAACUAUUGUUCUAUCAAAACGAUUUAAGAGUUUAUGGGAUUGAGGAUAAAUGUUGUAUCAAAGCUUCUUUUAUGGUUUGUAGUUCCUAUUAUUUUAUCUGAAUUUCUAUUCUCUUGUAAUUUGUUUUUA